UGUAUUUUAUUACUCCUAUGUAAUUUUUUUUACUACUUCCGUUUUACAUUAUUUGUAACUUUUGCUUAAAAACAACUAAUGCACCAUAUUAUUGGUUGUAAUUUGUUAUUAUUUGACUAAUGAGGGAAUAUUUUUAUUUAUAUAUAGUAACUGAUUUAUUUGCAAAUCAAAUCAAAAUUUGAAACUAGUACAAACUUAUUAAAUUAAGUUCUUCAACAUUGUUUGUUUAACGUGGAAAGAACAAGACCUUAGAUUUUCCAAAAAAAAAAAAAAAAGAAAAAAGCCCUUAGAUUGUUUUUUAUCUUUAUUUCUCAGCCACUGCUUCAAUGUUGGCAUCAUUCUAUGGCCAUCUUCCCACAACCCUCUUUUCUCUCUCCUUUGUGCAAUUGACUGUGUGUUAACUUCCCCUGCAACACUAAAAAACAAUGUCAUCAAAAACUAUAUCAUCUCUUCUUCUUGCCAACAAAUUUCUCCCACCUUCUUCAACUUCACUUAAUCACCAAAAAUCAACAUACUCACCUAACAAAUUCAUUCCAUAUCAACCACAAAAAGGAAACAAAUUCUUCUGUUUAUCAAAAUCAAAUUCUGAUACCCGGAAUGAAGAUAUAGUCAUUGUUGGUGCUGGAAUUGCUGGUCUUGCCACCGCUCUCGCCCUUCACAGGCUUGGAAUUCCAUCAUUAGUUUUGGAGCAAUCAGAUUUCUUAAGAAAAGGGGGGACAUCACUCACCCUCUUUAAGAAUGGGUGGAAAGUAUUGGAUAUUCUUGGUGUUGGAAAUGAGCUUAGGACCCAAUUUCUUCAAAUUCAAGGGAUGACUAUAAAAACAGACGAAGGGAAAGAACUUAGGUCAUUUGAGUUCAAAGACGUAGAUCCAAGUCAAGAGGUACGUGCAGUGGAGAGGAGAGUUCUUCUGCAGACUCUUGCUGAUGCACUACCCCCAAAUUCUGUGCAAUUCUCGUCGAAGUUGGCUAAGAUUGAAACAAAUCAGGGAACAGGGGAAACUCAGCUAGAGUUAACUAAUGGUACUAAAUUAUCAGCCAAGGUUGUAAUAGGAUGUGAUGGAAUCCGGUCUCAAAUAGCACAGUGGAUGGGUUUUCCAGAGCCUAAGUAUGCUGGUCAUUGUGCUAUUCGAGGGCUGGCAGUUUACAGUGAAGGGCAGCCUCAUCAACCGCGAGUGAGUUACAUCUAUGGAAGAGGAGUGAGAGCUGGAUUUGUUCCUGUUUCGCCAACAAAAGUUUAUUGGUUCAUCUGCUUCAACAGAAGCUCUCCAGGUCCAAAAAUUUCCAAUCCACUAGAGGUGAAGAGACAAGCACUCGAUUUAGUCAGCAACUGGCCUUCUGAGCUGCGGGACACCAUAGAUCUUACACCUGAAGAGACAAUCAGUCGAGCAGCCCUCGAGGACCGGUGGCUAUGGCCCACUCUGACUCCCCCAGUGUCAAAAGGAGGAGUUGUGCUAGCCGGAGAUGCCUGGCAUCCAAUGACUCCCAAUCUUGGUCAAGGUGGAUGCUGUGCCCUAGAGGAUGCAAUUGUCUUGGCAAAGAAGCUCUCUAGAGCAAUAAAUCAUGGACAAGGAUCUAUUAUAGAUGCAAUGAAAUCAUAUGGAGAUGAGAGGUGGCCUCGUGUCUUUCCCUUAACCAUACGAGCAAAUCUUGUUGGCAACCUCCUCCAAUGGGAGAAUCCUGCAGUUUGUGCAGUGAGAAAUAGCAUUGUUAUACCCAAGGUAGUCCAGAUAGGACCUCUGCUGGAGCAUACAAAUUUUGCUAGUGAACCACUGUAAUUGUGACAUUGUUAAACAGAAUCGGAGUGGUUUUGGGGGGGAAAGAAAUAGACAUAUAGUCAAACUCAAUGUGCAAAACUCAGAAGUCGACAAUAAUAUAAAUAUUAUACGAUUAUAAUAAA